AUGUCUGCAAGUGAGGGCCACGACAGCGCAAAGCGACCGCGCUCCACCUCGCGAUCGCGUCCGACAACACCCCUCCGCCCCUCAUCGCGCUCGUCCUUCCGCGAGUCUGCCCAGCGAAGCGCAGAGGGCAGCGAGCCCUUCCCGCUGAACGUCUUCGAACCCGCCUUCGCCGAGCUCUCAGACGCCGUCGCCGACCUGGAAGCCAACAUGAUGCACUUCCAAUUGAUGCACGAGAGCCUGGCCCGUUUCAGCGAGAGCUUUGCGAGCUUCCAGUAUGGGCUCAACAUGAACGCCUUCUGCGUUGACUUCCCCGAGGUGCGCGAGGGACCGAUUGCGGAGUCGUUUCGUAGAGCGAAACAGAAUGAGGAGCCAUCAACAAGUCUGCCAGGUAGGACACAACCGAAGGUCGUCUUGUUCGAUGAGAUCACGACUAAUCAGACAACUACACACAGUACGAUCCCGAAGCACGGAACGAUCAGGACCACCGACAUAUCUUUCGUAGAGAACCCGCCAACCUCGUCCAAACCGACUCCCAAGAAAUUCGCAACCCCUGACACCCGGCAGUCGCGUGUGCCCGCUCCGUCGAGAGGCGGCGCACAGCCGAGAGGUAGAGCUGGUUCAGGGAGAGGCCGCCCUAGCGGUCUCGUGAAGCCAAGGGCCCGUGGACUGAGAUGA